CACGAGGAAUAUAUUUUGUCAUCGUUAAAUAUAUCGAUUAUUUUCAAUAUAAUAGUUUCGUUGUACGCAGCUUGACGUAUAAUUUACGCUUAAAAAAAAAAUACAAACUAUGUAAAGGACGACUCGAGCACGAUUAUAUCGAUUAAUCGAAAGUGAAAUAGACACACGCGGCGCGUGUGCUACAAACAACCGAUCGAAAACUCGUGACAGCUUUCUUAAACUUAUCAGCGAUUGAAUGAUAUGACAUUAAGUAAAAUAAAAUGGUUACUAGUGUGGGUUGUAUUUUUAAUAAUGUUCUGCACCCUUCUUUGGGCUUCGAUACAUCUUGGUCAAAUUACCAUUUUGGAAAGCGACAAUAAUACUAACACGAAUGAUCGAGAGCAUACAGAGAUAUCGCACAAGGACGAAAAGGAAUCGGAAUUGGAAGAAUAUGUAACGAUUAAAACCAUAACUACCGAUAGCGUUAUCGAAUAUACCGAUAGUUCCGGUUUUUGGCGUAUACUUCCUGGUAAUCAUACGAUUCCUCCUUAUCUUUUAACUCAAAACAAUGCAGAUCACUUUACAAAGGAUCCUGAUACGGUUACGAACGUCUCCUCGGAAACAACGAACUAGAACAGUUUUAUGGAAGAACUAUACGACUACGUCGUUUGAUCCCGAUAAAAGGAAUAUCGAACGAAUAAAAAAAUCAUCGAAUAGUUGAAAUAAUGUACGACUAAUGUGAAUUAUAAUAACGCAUAUCGAUUACAUUUCUUCCCUUCUUAAUUUUUUUAUAUCUUCGAUUUAUUCGCGACUUUUUGGAUGAAAGAUUUCUUUGUAAACGACGAAAGGUUGGAAACAUCUGGUUCGUGAGAGAGAACCCUUAACCUGAUUUAUGUAUAUUUUCUUCUUUGGAAAGAGGAAGCACUUUCGCAGAAAACUUUUUCUUCUUUCCUUUCGAGGACCAAGUGCGUUCACUUCGAUGUUAGGAAUUUCUUGGCGUACACUUAAGAGCAUCGGACGAUAUCUAGGAUUUCGAAUUACGCAACAUCGGCGAAAUAUCAUCUUCGAGUUAACGUCAAAGUGCGAUCAAAAUGCGAUCGAGAUGCGGAGAGACAAGG